UUGUUUAAUGGCCCUCCUGCUUGAUCCGUGAGACGGACUUAGCUGCUUGACCUGCGACAUCGAAUCAGGAGGAGAGGCAUGGGAAAUGCUCUGCGAUUUCUGUACAGCUAUUGUGGCGAGUCCACCGCAGCUGGUGACUCCGAUUCACUUGGCCCUCACGGAGUUUCCUCCUCCACCGUCGGCGUAUCCGCUCUUGCCCAAGAUCUCUUCCACUUUGAUAUCACCUCUGAGGUCCCCGAAGGACUAAGCAAGCAUGUUGUGUCAUCAAAGAAGGCGCAAGCUAACUGGUAUAGAAAACUAAUAGAUGCAUGGAAGGAAUCAAGACCCCCUCCCAAAACCCCUGAGGAAGCAGCUAGACUCAUUAUUCAGACUCUAAAAAGACAUCAAAAGGCUGAUGUUGAGGGAUUGUUGGCCUUUUAUGGUCUUCCUCAACCACAUGACCUUGUCGAAGCAACUUUUAAACCCCCUACUUCCUUGCCAGAGGGGGUACAAUUUGAACUACACACCUUGCCGGUUGAUGCAAAAGCUGUGGCGGAUGGUGAUACUAUAACAGUUUAUGUGAGCACAGCAGACCCUAGAGAGUCAUCUUUUGUCCCUAGUCAUGUCCAUGCAGCAGCAGUUCAAAGAUCGGGAGCUCGUGCUCAAAGAAACUAUGCAGAGGCCGAUGCCCUUCACCAGCAAAUUAUUGAUUCGGGAUAUCGGGUGAUUAAUCUUCAAAAUGGGGAAGUCCUUGCACGGAAGUACAGAAUUCGACUAAGGGGAAUUGAUGCGCCAGAGGGCAAAAUGCCAUAUGGGAAAGAAGCUAAAAACGAGCUGACAAAAAUUGUUCAAGGGAAGCCCUUGAAGGUCCUCGUUUAUGAUGAGGAUCGUUAUGGACGUUCCGUGGGUGAUAUUUAUUGCAAUGGUCUUUUUGUACAGGAGUUGAUGCUAAAGAAGGGACUCGCAUGGCAUUAUGCAGCCUAUGACAAGAGGAAGGAAUUUGAAAUAUGGGAAAAGGAAGCUAAAGCAAAGCGGGUCGGACUAUGGGCUUCAUCAAAUCCUGAGAAGCCAUGGGAAUGGAGGAAGGACCAACGAGAAGGUAGAUAA